UUGGCGUAGGGACGCCACUGCUUGCUGCCGGGGAAACGGCUCCGGAAUCGUGCCGACGUACUAGAAACUCCCGCCAUUUCAACGAGGAAUUAACCUCUUGAUUGAUUCAGCUGAGUUUUUCAAAAGACUACUUUAACAGGAGGUUUACCAUAAAAGAAAAUUUGAAAAUACUAACCGGCAAGACAAUUGCAUGCGAACAGGAGUCGUUUGCUUCGACUCACUUGCCACGAGUUUGAUUUUGGUUCGGAUAACAGUCCUUUUUUUCACUCCGAGAAGGUAAAAGUCUCUGGAGAGAAAGGACGAACCUUGUUCUAUGAAAGCCUGUGCGGAGAAGGAGCAUGGCCCCGUGAGGAGGCGACGAGGCGGACUGUUAUUGUUUUAUCAGCCUGCUAGCUAGGCAAGUAGCCGCUGAGCGCCGGGGCCCCGCCACACCGGCGGUAAAGUGAGCUGUGCUAACGCUAAGCUAGGAAUUUGGUGGCAUUCGGCUACAUGAUACGCACGUACUGGUGUUGUUGCGAUUGAACUAACUUGCUGAUAAACUAGAUCUUAAUUGUUGGCGUCAGUGCGUUUGAAAUGGCACCGCUGCUGGGCCGGAAGCCUUACCCGCUGGCGAAGCCGCUGCUCGAGCCACCAGGCCCAGGUGAAGAGACGUACAUCAUCGAGCACACCAAGGAGGCCUUCAGGAACAAAGAAGAGUAUGAGGCUCGCUUGCAAAGGUAUAGUGAGCGCAUAUGGACAUGCAAGAGUACUGGAAGCAACCAGCUUACACAUAAGGAAGCAUGGGACGAAGAACAGGAAGUCACAGAACUGCUACAAGAUGAGUAUCCCCAAUGGUUUGAGAAGCCAGUGCUGGAGAUGGUCCACCACAACACGGUGUCUUUAGACAAGCUGGUUGAAAUGGCUUGGAUGGAAAUCCUGACAAAGUAUGCUGUGGGUGAAGAGUGUGACUUCCUGGUGGGCAAGGAUAAAAGUUUGCGAGUAAAGGUGAUAAAGAUUCAUCCCCUAGAAAGCCAAGAGGGUGAGAUCAGUGAGAAGAAACUUGAUGGUGCCUGUGACUCGCCAUCCAGUGACAAGGAGAAUGCGAGUCAGGAAAACCAACGAAAGGAACCUAGAGACGAGAACCGUAGGGACAGUCUCAGUGAUCGAGCCAGACGCUCUCCAAGAAAACCUGCUACUGCUACGAAGGAAGAGAAGAGGAAAUGGGCAAUGCCCAAAUUUCUUCCUCAUAAAUAUGAUGUUAAGCUCCUCAGUGAGGAUAAGGUAAUCAGUGAUGUCCCAGCAGAUAGUCUUUACAGAACUGAGCGGCCUCCAACCAAGGAAAUCGUGCGCUACUUCAUUAGACACUACGCGCUGAGGCUGGGAAUGGGAGAGAGCGCCCCCUGGGUGGUUGAAGAUGAGAUGGUGAAAAAGUUUAACCUGCCCAGCAAAUUCAGUGACUUCCUCCUUGAUCCACAAAAAUUUUUAGCUGAAAAUCCUUCCACCAAACGUAAAAGGGUGUCAUCUCAUGAGGCUAAACUUUUCAAGAGGCCUAAGCCACUUGACUCAGUGGGUGAGGAUUCUGAAAAUGACACAGGAGAACAAAUGAAAAGGAAUAACAGUGCUGUCACUGUGCCCAUUACUCCCAACAUCUGGGUCCAUGUGCAGAAGAUAAAAAUGAAUGGUUCCUCACUCAAUGUAAAGAAUGUGGGCAGUGCUUUAAAGGGAGAAACCAGAAACUCAUUUCCCUCCACUUCAAAAUCUGGCAAAAAAUCAGAUAAGAAGGAAGGGAAGAAGUCUGGAAAGAGCAAUGUCCUAAAAGCCUCUAAGAAAGAUGACAAACUUGUCAGUAAGACACCAAAGAUGAAGCAGAUGACUCUGCUGCAUCUGGCAAAGAGCACUUGUGCUGGAAGCCCAAGGAAGAGAGCCCGCAGUACUAUAAUGGCCACACCUAAACUUGGAAAGCCGUUGCACCCUGUGGCUCUCCACCUCCUAUGUUAUUAUAAGAAGAAUAAGGGCAAAGAGGACAAAAAAAGCUCCCUUUCAUGCAUGAUCUCCAAGGCUGCUAAGGCCUUGUCUCCAGAUGAUCGGGGCCGACUGCCAGAGGAGCUCAAGGAGCUGGUGCAGAAACGGUGGGAACUUAUGGAGCAAAAAAAGCGAUGGGCAGCCAUGAGUGAAGAGGAGAAGCAGGAAGAGAUGAAGAAAAAGCGUGAAGAACUCAAAGAAAAACUGCGAGAGAAGGCCAAAGAGAGACGCGAGAAGGAGAUGUUGGUUCGCCGUGAACAAUCGCGCAGAUAUGAGGAUCAGGACAUCCAAGGUGGAAAAUCUCUGCCAGCAUUCAAACUUGUUGACAUGCCUGAGGGGUUGCCCAACACUCUUUUUGGUGAUGUUGCUAUGGUGGUGGACUUCCUUAACUGUUAUGCGGGUCUCCUGAUGCCAGAUGACCAAUAUCCCAUUACAGCAGUAGCUCUGAUGGAAGCAUUGGCUGGAGAAGGGACUGGGUUCCUCUACUUGAACCGUGUAUUGGUGGUGUUGCUCCAGACGCUGUUACAGGAUGAGCUGGCAGAAGGCUACCGUGAGCUUGACAUGCCCUUAUCUGAGAUUCCACUUACCAUGCAUUCAGCAUCAGAGUUGGCACGAUUGUGCUUGCGUCCAUGUGACGCUCAUGGUGAAGAGAGUACUCAAAGUUCAGAGGAUUCUGAUUCUAUGGGGAGUUUCGAUGAUGUAGUGUCCAGUGAGUUCUUGGAAAAACUUGAGACAGUUGAGGUGUUUGAACUCAGCCCCCAGGAGAAGGUCAACCUGUUGGUUGCGCUUUGCCACCGCAUCCUUAUGACGUACUCAGUUGAAGACCAUGUUGAUGCAAUGCACCAACGGUCAGCUGAGCUGUGGAAGGAGCGGUUAGCGAUGCUCAAGGAGGUCAAUGAUCGCAAGAGGGCUGAGAAGAAACAGCGUAAGGAAAUGGAGGAUAAAGUUAAAGAAGAGGGAGCCACUGCCAAAGCAGAGAAGAAGAAAGAGGGGCUUAAUAAGGAGGUCAAAAAGGAAUUAAAGGGGGAAGCUGAGCCAGAGGACAUGAUUAGUUCAGUGAAAAACAGGCGGUUGAUGGCCAUCCAGGCUAAAAAGGAGAAGGAGGAGCUGGACAGGCAAAACAAAGAGCGCAUGGAGAGGGAGGCAGAAGAGGAACGGAUACGAAGGCAGAAGGCAGCUGCAGAGCGAAACUUUCAUGAAGGUAUAACCAAAGCCAAACUUGUCAUGCGCAGGACUCCGCUGGGCACAGACAGAAAUCAUAACAGAUACUGGCUUUUCUCUGACGUGGUCCCUGGUCUGUACAUUGAGAAGGGCUGGGUGCAUGAAAGCAUUGACUACAGCUACACCCCCCUGCCUGAGGACAAACCAGCAGAAGUUGAGAUGGAUGAAGAUGAGGAUGUAGGAGCUGAAAAGGAUGAUGGCAGCAUUGAUGGUGCAAUUACUGAUGGAGCCCAGCUGGGAGCAGCAACUGAUGUUUGUAUAGAAACUACUGUUCCAAAACAGGGACAGAACCUCUGGUUCAUAUGUGACAGUCCAGCUGAGCUUGAUGAAUUGGUGGAGAGCCUUCAUCCACAGGGUGUCAGAGAAAGUGAACUCAAACUGAAGAUACAAAACAGGUACCAGGACAUCCUCCACUCCCUACAUCUGACCCGUAAGACCAAAUUGGGCCUCAGGACCUGUGAUGGCCAUACGGAGCUGCUGAAAUACCUCUGCAGUGAUAUCCUGGAAGUGGCCUCACGACUCCAGAAAGGAGGCCUGGGAUACUUGGAUGAUAAUACAGAUCUUGAAGAUCAGCUGAAAGACAUGGAGAGCUUGAAAGACUUUGGCGAGUGCAUCAUCACCAUUCAAGCCUGUGUAAUCAAAAAGUUUCUGCAAGGAUUCAUGGCCCCCAAGCAGAAAAAGAAGAAAAAGCAAGGAGGGGAAGAAAACAGCAAGGCUGAGGAGGUAGAUGAAGAUAAAAAGUUGGCAGAGGAGGCCAAGGUAGCUACAGCAGUGGAAAAGUGGAAGGCAGCAAUCAGAGAGGCCCAGACGUUUUCCCGCAUGCAUGUCCUACUGGGUAUGGUGGAUGCCUGCGUAAAGUGGGAUAUGUCUGCUGAAAAUGCUCGCUGUAAAGUCUGCCGCAGGAAAGGUGAUGAUGAGAAACUUAUCCUCUGUGAUGAAUGCAAUAAGGCCUUCCACCUAUUCUGCUUGCGCCCGGCGCUAUACCGCAUUCCUACUGGCGAGUGGUUGUGCCCAGCCUGCCAACCAACUAUGGCAAGACGUGGUUCUCGUUCAAGGAAAUAUAAACAAGAGUCUGAUGAAGAAGAGAAUGAGGAGAAGUCUGAAGCUGAAGACUUUGAGGAUGAAGAGGAUGAUGACAGUGACUAUAAGCCCACGGGGCACAGCUUGAGAUCACGGAAAAAAAAGCAGCAAUUAUCACAGAUGAAAAGUUCAAGAAGUAAAUCCAAGAAGCAGUUUUCUUCUGGUAGUCAGUGCAGCAAGCAGAGGACUGGACCCAGUAGCCCUGCAGACAUUGAUGAACUGAUGGUGCAGGUGCGGCAGAGUUCCCAAACAGGUGCACGCCGUCAGGUGCUGGAGCUGGAGAAAUGUGAGGAAAUCCUUAAGAAACUGAUGAAGUUCCGGUACAGCUGGCCUUUCAGAGAGCCUGUGUCUGUCGAAGAGGCAGAAGACUACUUGGACAUCAUCUCCAACCCUAUGGAUUUCCAAACUAUGCUUGGCAAGUUCAGCCAAGGUACCUAUCGCCACGCCCAGGACUUCCUAGAAGACAUGAAACUGGUUUUCUGUAAUGCAGAGGAGUACAACCAGCAGGGUAGCACUGUGCUUUCCUGUAUGGUCAAAACGGAGCAGUGCUUCACUGAGCUGUUUCAGAAGCUGCUGCCUGGCCUCAGCUACCUCCGCCGGCGAUCACGCCAGCGCAUGCGCCAAGCCCCUGAGACAUCGGAAGAAGAGGAUGAAGAUGAGGAGGAAGAGCAAGAACAGCAUCCGAAGCAGAUGCAGAAUGGCAAAUCAAGCAAGCGUAGGAGGGAAACAGAACAGCCGGGAAAGAAAAGCAGACCAGACAGAGGGCAGAGGUGUGAGGAGGAAGAGGAUGAUGAUGAGAGCCGUGGCCAGAGGAGAAGUACGCGUACCUCUGCCACCUCAGGCAGGAAGGAUAACGGGGAGCAGGAUAGUGAUGGUGAGCAGGAGACACGGAGAACUCGGAAGCGGAGGGACUGCGGAGAUGUGGGAGGGAGUAGUGAUGAGGACAGAAUCAGUCAGCGACAUUCCAAGAGACAGAAGUACUCCUGAAUCCAGGGGCUGUCUUUUGCAUCUAAAAAAGAUCAAGAACCCUCCACAGCCUCCUCCCAGUCAGACUUGAAGCUCUGAAGGACUUUUUUUUUUUUUCUUUCCCCCUCCCUGUGUGUAGGUGCACAAUGGAACUUCAUAUUUUGAAAAACAAAAGAACUGAUUUAUAUUUGUAACGUGUUUAAUAUUGGUGUUUUGUCUCCUCAGACUUCAAGAAAACAGAGAUACACAUUACAGCGUAAAAGUCCUCAUAGCUCUUAAAACAAAGUGAAUUUAGUUUAAAUGUGUUUGUGUAACUUUAAAACGGUGGUCUGCGGUGUACUCACAGGACCAUCCCGCAAAAUGUCUCUGUAAAAUGUUUGUACCACCACGUCUCUUGACAGUACACUGACUGAUUUUUGUCAGAGGUAUUGAUGUAGCUUAAAGCUCCUGUACAAACCUGAGACGUGUCUCUGCUGAGAAACACUGAUGCUCAAAGAGGAAUUUACUUGUCUUUACUUGUGACUCAGUCUUACAAAUAAACAAUUUACUACCAAGAUUGUUGCGGUAACAGGAUGUCCAUAGGCUCUCAGGAUUUUACUACUUCCCCAUCUUUAAGUGAAUUCCAGACUACAAUUUGAAAUGAUACAAAUCAGUCUACUUUUCAAAGUAAGAUCUUUUGUCAGACUGUUAUGUCUGUUGUGUUGUAGAGCUGACAGCGUUUCUCUCUGUAGUGCCCUGCCACUUGAAAAGAACCAGUACCUCAAUGUCAGUUUGCACUCCUUUCUAUACAGUGCACCAAUAAUGCCAGCAGCGCCAUCACCAUUGGGUGCAUACCAAUUUGUAGUGUUUAAACAACAAAUGUUUUGUUGAGAAAAGGGCAUUUUGAGUAUCUGAACUUUUUAAACCCAUUUUAUUUGGUGUUAUACAUGUGAGCUGAUUUUGAAUCUCUUCUGAUAAGUUGUGGGGUUUGGUCAGGCUCUUGUAGUCAGUGCAGAGAUCAUUUAGCCCAUGGGCCAAGCAGGAUUUUAGUGCCACCAAAAGUCAUUAGAUGAUGCUUACAAUCCAGCAUCACUAGACCAGCAUCUCUCUACUAUGGCCUACACAAAAAGGUGUGCUAAAUGUGUCAGAGUGGUAGCUAAUGUCAGGUACUGGUCAGUGAUGGAUUGCACAGGGGUCAAAAUUUGAAAAUGUUCCAAUCAUAUUGGAAAAUGUACAAUGUUUUCAAAAAGGUACAGUUUGCACUGUUUGAAAGACUAUGAAGUAAAAACAGCAAAAAAUGACUGUUUGGCUUCAGAUGGUAUAGGGGACGAAAAUAAAAUUGCUCCAAUUUUAGUCAAGUUGUGCAUAUUUGUAGUUUUCAAAAGGACUAGUUUGCAAAAUCGUUUAUAACUUGUUACAGAAUCUAAUGGACCUUAACCAUUUCAUUAGUAGACCAAGCAGGAUUUGUGUGUGUGUGUGAGAGAGCUCAACCAGUAAUUUGCAUCACUUUUGACCUAAAUGGGGGCAUCUCUUAAUUUUUGGAACCAUGUAUAAAUUGAAUUUCACUAUUUUUGCUGGUUUUCUCUCCAUAACUUUCAGCCAUAGAUGAUCCAAACUAGCCUGUUUUUUUUAUUAUUCCUUAUGAUCAGAUAAAUAUGGUAUCCUUUUAAAAUAUGACAGCAGUAUUUUGAUACCAGUGUAAUCUUUCCUUGAGCCCAACCUGAUUGGAACUGGCUUUCUGGGCAGGUUAUCGUAUAUUUUCACAUGCCGUAGGAUACUACUGAGACUGGUUUGUGUUUAGUCACAGAUUAGCUCAAAAUUGGCUGUAGGCUCAUGGACUAAUCUCAGGAUUCUUGGCUUUAAAUUGUUUACAAAAACAAUUUAAUUUGGUGUCCUUUGUUCGGGUGAUGUCUGUUUGACUGCAGAAAGAUCAGCAAGCUGGUCCGGUCCUAAAUGAAGAUUGUCCUGGUGGUGUCACCAGGUGGUGCUCUGCUUACAUGUUGAAGGCACUGGUGGUCAUGCUGGUUUCUGCAGCCACCUGACUCCCACUGCUUUGUGCGCUCACUGGUUCAGUGCUGCUCACUUUGGCUUGUCAUUUUGUGUUGUCUCUUCAUUGUAACCGGCAAGCUGCUUUAUUUUGAAAAAUACAAGACAGGAAAACUGAAACAUACUGAUUUCCCCCCCCCCCCCCCCCUCUUUUCAAAUGGCACUAAAGUACCUUUUUGAAUGUGCUGUGUGUAUAUUACUGAUGUUGCAGCAGUUAAUUUGCCCUGUGCAGUUUUUCUGUCUUAAUUUUUUCAUCUGCAUAGUGCUGAUAAUAAACUUUUCAUGUAUUUUUUAAUAUUUUUGUUGGCUAUUAAAAUCACUUGAAACAUUUCAACAAUUGAGCAAAAGUGACAGCCCUUCUCAGCACGAGACCCACGUGUAAAUGCUUUUAUGGUUCUACUUUUUUUUAUACAAAUAGAUUCUAAAGGGAGGCAAUGUUGGAUUCACUUGUAAAGAAUUCCAAUAAAGGAUAUGGAUGGAUGAUUGUGUUAAGGUGAUUAAAUUUUGCUGCCAUCUGUACGUCAGGUAGAUGAUGGCUGUGGACAUCUAAAGACUCGCUGUUUAAUAAAAUCAGUUGUCACAC